AUGGGCGCCUUCGAAUACACCGGUGGAUCGCUGUGGGGAUACCAGAAGGACCAUACUGUCGACGAGUUUGAGCGUCGCCAACAGCUGCGAAAGCAGUUCCGCACCUCGGGAGAGCAGACCGUCCAGGAGCUGGGCGAGGGACGAGGCAUCUACGCUCCCGGAUACGCCGAGAGACGACGAGAGAGACUCAAGGAGGCCUACGGCAUCGACGUUCCCACAUCCCCUAUCCCCGCUUCAUAA